AGAUAGCCGGCCAUUUCCUGCCUAUAUAAUACGCAACUGUUUCAAAUCAGACUCAUUCCAGAUUAAACUAGAAGAGAGAGUUCACCAAAGAUGGAUACUGGGACUAUAAGGGCAUUCGCGAUAUUCCUGGCUGUAAUACUGCCUACCUUCGCCGAAAUAUUGACGGAUCAACCCGAUUGUCAAGAUUUUAAAUCCUGUAAUUCAUGUCUAUCAAAAGGAUCGUGUGUGUGGUGUGUUAACAAGGCCAUAUGUACUACGGAUUCAUGUGGGAACGAUAAUAUUAUAUAUCCAUCCCACAUCAGAGCCCUCAUGGCGGGCUCACAGUUCUGCCCUAGAGUUGUGACGCCAGAAAACAAAUUAGUCGUGCAAAGUGGGAAAGAAGAAAGGAUAGUUGUGAGAAUAACGCAAAUUUAUAUGUACAUGGCAUUUACCCCUUGGAAGUGCAAGAUUUCUCAAGAUGGGAAAGAAACGAUCGUAAAUGCGACGCUUGUUGCUGACGAGGUGUUCUGCGAGCCUGUGGUUUUGUACAGUUAUUCGCGCCCAUACGCAGAUGCUGCUGUGUCCGUCCUAUGGGAACAUAGCAAGGCUUUUGAUGGGGCGCUACCGUUGAUAAUAUGUCGAUGCGAUAUGGAUCCUAACUGCCCAGCAUGUAAAAAACAACGUUAACUAAAA